AAUGCGUCGCCGCUUAAUGACGAAAGGUUGUUGUCGUAAACAUGGAGGAGAGAGAAGCACUGAAGAGGCAAAUUGAACUUCUACAAAAUCUCAUCAAUAAACAUAAAAGUGCCCAUGGCAAUACACCGUUUACAGGAACGGGGCAGAGUCACACUCAGUCUUCAACGUCAGCCAGAGGCAGAGGUCAAAGUGCAUCUGUGACCUACCCUCACAGCUCCAGAGGAAAGCUCUAUUCUCCUCAGAGCUGUGGAAGUUGGAGGAAAACAUACUCUCUGAGAAACAAGAGCCCCCAGUCCUCUGCUGGACAUCCCUCUGCUUCUACCUCCUCCUCUGUCCAUCACUCUCACAGCAUGCCACUGUCCAGCUGCAGCGCGGGAACCAAAACUGCCACUUUAUCAUCAGGGACAUCACAACUGAAGAAAAAGGAACCUAUAAGCAGCAUGAUGGAGAUUAGAGGUGUAGCAACGGAGAGAAAAUAUACAGAUGCUCUUGGAAAACCAGGGUCAGUGGCAGAGUUUAACAGGCACAAAGGUCUGCAGGAACAGAAAGCUGGUGCUUCUUUCAAAGUAUCCUCUUCUGCCAUAACCAGUGCCUCAGCCAUUCAACAGAGCAGUUCCCAAGUAAAGAUCACACCUUCCCUGACCAGCAAAACCAGAACUGACCCUCAACAGAUUGUUGCUAAAACAUCUCCAUCAACCGUCACAGCUGCUAAAACCACCCCAGCUCUCCCUGCUCUUUCUACUGCAUUACAAGAAACUUCCUCUAACUUGUCUUCACAAAGCAGCAAGGCCCAGGGCAGUGCAUCUUAUUCAAAGAAAUCAAAGUUCACUUGGGUAAAAGGUCAGAGUGCUGGAGGAGUGGAGCUCAAACCAGUUAGCUCCAUUUCCUCACUGUCAGCAGUUGCUGCCCCAACAUCUCUCUCAAAAGCUGCAGUUGCCACAGGAAGCCCCUCUUCAUUUGCAGUCACUAAGAGAACCCCUGCUAAAAAGUUACUUCGAAGGCCUAGCCUGGUCACUGUAGCUGCCAAGACCUCAAAGUAUCGGUGGGUCUCCUCUGCUGGAGCCCAGGCUAAGACAUCACGAAAGCCUCCAUCUCCCAAACCCUUGACUCUUGCUCAGAGAGCCCUGGACAGAGGAGAGGCCACAAGGAAAGUUAAACCAGGAUCUUCUCCUUCUGUAAAACUGAAAAAGGGAACUGCAGCCUCCUCUACCGGCUCCUCACAGAGUAGCCGCUAUUGCUGGAAAGCUGGGGGGCAGAAUACAUCUGUGGUAGGGGCAGCAGGAUCAACACCAACCCGUCGUAGAUCUGCUUUCCACUGGACAGCAGAGAAAAGCAACAAAGGGUCGAAAGGAGGGCUUUCUGUGUCCCUAAGUUUACCUCAGCGUACCUCCCUGUCAUCAUCCUCCUCCUCGUCCUCACCUGGAGGGUUCAAGGUUUGCAGCAGGAUGAAAAUUAUUAGAAGAUCUACUAACAGUGGCGGUGGAUCAGAGAAAGGGAGCAGCCCAUCAGCUGUGAAGUACUCUCCACGGGGCCGAUUAUAUACUUUGGCCAGGAAUCCCAUGGGAGUUAGGAGGACACCCUCCAGGGAACUUGUGUCAUUUGGCAGACACAAGUUGAGGCGGCUUUCCCCUGUCUUAUCAAGGACAAAUGCCACCUCUUCCUCCCAUCGUAACCCCGCCUCCCAAAGGGUGUUCAGGACACGCUACAAGAUGGUGACCCAUCCGGGUUCCAGCACCAUGCAGGCCCUCCACUACAACCCAGCCCUCUCCUGGUGUGCCAAGAGGAUCCAGUCUGCCAGGAGUUUCCUUCAGAGCCGUCUUCGAGCUCCCCAUGACAGACACCCAGCAUCCACACAGCAGUGGAGAGGAAGCAGCAUGUGCUGGAUUCGUGGCUCCUUAUACCGUGUGUCGGCCAAUAAGCUGUCUCGCACCGUGGCUGCGAACAUGUCCAUCAAUCGAACAGGAAGGUUCUCAAGCCCCCAGGUCUCCCACAUGAUUCCUGUCAUGGCCAAACCCUCCAGCACUCGUCACUUAGCCAGCCGUGCAGUCCAGCGGAGUCUCGCCAUCAUUCGCCACGCUCGUCAGAAGAAGCAGCAAAAGCAAUACUGCAUGUACUACAACCGCUUCGGCAAAUGUAACCGUGGCACAAGUUGUCCCUUCAUACACGACCCCGACAAAGUGGCCGUCUGCACCAGGUUUCUGAGAGGGACAUGCAAGCAGGCAGAUGGUACCUGUCCAUUCUCCCACAAGGUGGCUAAAGAGAAGAUGCCGGUGUGUUCCUACUUCCUGAAGGGCAUCUGUAAUAACAAUGACUGUCCCUACAGUCACGUCUACGUGUCCCGCAAAGCUGAAGUAUGUCAGGACUUUGUUAAAGGCUACUGUCCUGAAGGAGAGAAGUGUAAGAAGAAACACACUCUGGUGUGUCCAGACUUCUCUAAGUCGGGCUCCUGCCCACGUGGCUCCCGCUGUAAGCUGCAGCACCGGCAACGAGUCAAACGCAGUGCCAGCAACACUUUGAGCACUCCAGUCAAGAAAGCACGCACCAAGGAGCCUCUGAAAAGACCCCAUCUGUCUGUCAUCAUGCCACAGGAUUCUCAGACAUUAUCGGGGGUGCCUCCCACGGGUUCUUUGGAGCUGCCAUCGUUUAUCUCCCUCUCCAGCUCUCCAGAGGAGGCAGACGCACCAGACACACUGCCUACUGAUACAGUGCAAGUCAAAGAGAAGAAACUGCAGAUCAAGCCUCGCCUGUAAGUUGGCUGAAAGCAGUGGGGCUGGACGUGACGAGCUUUAUCAAAUUUAGCGGCGUGAUUUCUGAGCUCAGGUUUGUCCUGACACGUUUCCCUCUGAAUGAUUUUACUCAGGGCCUGAAAGUUUUAUUCUUUUAAUCUAUCGACAUGUUUUACAUAUCAGUUUGGAUGUUUACAAUGCCGGCUUUCUCAUCAGGUUUUGUAAAAAUAAAAAAAUAAAGUAUCAACUUUUAA